AACCAACAAGCUUCCUCGACUAAAGAUGAAUCUUCCUCGAAAUUUCCCUCCAUGUCUAUCCUCUUUAAAAGCUUUCCUGUCGUCACGCCCCCGCUCGCAGAAAUCCAGUUUAGUACCUAAUGAAUCUCCCAGUUUUGAAGAGUACCUCAAAGAUGGACCGUCUAUCAAUAUUUUGGACACCGUCGUAUGCACGCUGAGAGAAGCUUGCGAGUUAGUUUUUUCUGCCUUUUGUUUUUCAGGAAAAAACGUUUUGUCGAUUGUUACCUUAAGCUUUAUGUUGUCGAGGUAUUCCAGUACAGUAAGCAUCUCUCCAGUACAGUAAGCUUGGGGGUGGGGGGAAGACGGAGGAGUAAUUCUCUAGAGAAGAAGGUGUUCCUUUGGGGAUUAAUGUUGGAGCCACAAUAAAAUUCGGGGGCUGAUAAGUUUCGAAGAAGCUUGGAUUGCGGUUCUGAAAGGAGGAGAAAGCUUAAAAAGGUCAUUGGAAUCGCGUUGCUCAAGAAUUGUGGGAAAUAUGAAAAUCCUUGACCCGCGAGGUCCAUUUCUUCCGAAGUACUGGACUAAAAUAGUUUUCUGGUGGUUCCUGCUUUCAAAUUUUUUCGAUUAUUUGUUCCUUUACAUUCCUGUGAUUGAUGAUGACAAGCAAUGCCUUGGGUUGGACGAAAACCUGCAGACUGCGGCAAUUGUUUUGCGUACCAUUUUUGAUGUAUUUUAUAUCAUUCAUAUGAUCUUUCAAUUCCGAACUCGUUUUUUUAAUGUUCCCUCUGCUUCGGAAAUAGCAUUGAGAUGUUCGUGCACGAACUUCCUCAUUGACGUUCUUGCAGUUCUUCCUCUGCCACAGGUGUUUGUUUUAUCUAUCAUUCCACGCAUGGGAGGUUCAAGAUCUUCGAAUACACGAAGCUUUUUGCGGUGGGUGGUUUAUUUCCAACUUUUACCUAGGACAUGUCUCAAACAACGUUUGUACAAAGAAGCAAAAAUACCUUCUGGUAUGUUCACUGGAGCUGCUUGGGAUGGCGCUGCAUUUGGUCUCAUUAACUACAUGUGUCUCAGUCAUACAGCGGGAGCAACUUGGUACGCGCUUUCUAUAGACCGAGGAAUUAUGUGCUGGACGAAAGCCUGUGGAAAUCGGACUGAGUGUGUAAACUCUUUCGAGUAUUGUGAUCAUAGUACAGGGUUUAAAGUAUUUCUGAAUGAGUCCUGCCCCAUACAGACACCAAAUGCUGCUCUUUUUGAUUUUGGAAUCUACCUCGAUGCAUUUCAGUCCGGUGUUCUAGGAUCAUUAAAUUUUAGGGAGAAGUUCUUUUACUGCUUUUGGUGGGGCCUGCAAAAUCUGAGUUCUCUUGGUCAAAACCUCAAGACAACUACCUAUUCCGAUGAAAUUUUGUUGGCAAUGUUCGUUUUCAUGUAUGGCUUGAUAUACUAUUCAAUCCUCAGCGCAGAGAUUCAGAAGUUUCUGCGGCAACGGUACAAAGCAAUGGGAUUGGAGGAACGGGGAGUCAAAAUGCUUGAAGUAGAACAAUGGAUGUCUACUCGUUCGCUCCCUGCAAGUCUGAGGGAGCGAAUCAAACAAUAUGAACAGUACAAAUGGCAGAAAACUAGAGGUGUUGAUGAAGAGAAUCUGAUCCGUAAUCUUCCAAAGGAUCUAAGGAGGGACAUAAAGCGCCAUCUUGGUUUGGAUCGGCUUAUGAGAGUGCCAGUGUUUCAGCGCAUGGAUGAACAACUGUUGGACGCUUUGUGUGACCGUCUAGAACAGGUUUUCUACACGGAAGGCAGCUUCGUCAUGCAGGAGGGGAAACCAGUUGAUGCAAUGCUCUUCGUAAUGGACGGGAAAUUAGCUUCUUCGACCACUAAUGGUGGAAGUAUUGGGUUCUUUAACAUGGAAUAUCUUGAACGCAGAGACUUCGGUGGAGAAGAGCUUCUUGGUUGGGCUUUAGAUCCCCAUUCCUCAACUAAACUCCCAUUCUCAACCAGAACGGUUAAAGCCCUCUCAAAAGUGGAAGCAUUAGUCCUAAAGGCGGACGAUUUGAAGAUUGUCGCCUCUGAAUCCAGGUGGUCACACGACAAGCAGCUCCGCCAUUUUUUUAGAUACUACUCGCAGCAGUGGAGGACUUGGGCGGCUUGUUUCAUACAAGCAGCGUGGCGACGACAUCGCAGGAAGAAGUUGGAAGAGUCUCUUAGGAUCAUAGAGGAAAAUAGGUUGCAAGAUGCAUUGGCCAGAGGCGGCGGAAGCUUGCCGAGUUUGGGGGCCAUCAUUUAUGUUGUUAGAUUUGCCGUUAAUGCCAUCCGUGCCGUAAGGUGGAAUGGUUCGGCUCAGACACCCAGGUUGCCGGAGAGAAUUUUUCCCACGAUGAUUCAGAAGCCAGCAGAGCCUGACUUUAUUGCAGAAGAUGAAGAAACCGCUGCUGAAUCAGACUCGACUGAGUCUGGUGUUGCCUUUGAAGAGGGAUCAAAAGGGAAAUACGCAGCUUCUUCAAGUGAGGUUCCGGGCCUUCCGGUUCCAGCAAGAUCUCACCCAAAGAGGAGUCGUGCCGAAGAUGAGCGUUACGACAAGUUAUCUACACAACUUGAAGAAACCAAGACAAAACUUGAAGAAGUAGGUUUAGCAACCAAGACAAAACUUGAAGAAGUUGGUUUAGCAAUCAAGAAACUUACCGAUGAUCGACUUAAUGUGAAUGACCUCUAUGAGGAAGUUAUGAAGACAGAAGGUUUCGAUGAACCGACACUUGCAUUAGCAUUUGACCACUUGGUUGAGAAUGAAAAGGUUGCCAAGGCGUUUAUUGUGAAGAAUGCGAGACUCCGAAGGGUAUGGUUGGAGGGUUUUUUAAAAACGAACGCGUGAAGUUAAUGGCUUCAAUUUGCAGAAAAUAUGUCCUUAUUACCUUUGCAUUAUAUGUUGCGGAACUUGUAUUGUGCUUCUAUUUAUGGAUUAUUUUACGGUUGUGAGAAUUAUGUGGACGCUAUUUUUGUGUGUCUAAAUGAGUUCAUGCAGCUAUGAUAAUAGUUGCUCAUUUGUGUGCUAUACUAAGGAUUGCUUGUUUGUGUGUAAAUUGAGAGUGAAAUGCAAAUUCAGGUGGGUGAUAUGUCACAAUUAUAUUUUGAUCACCAUCAUAUAUAA